AUGGCCGAACCAACUGCGCGCAAACAGGAGAAGGACUUCACCAAGGAGGUGGAUGAGCUGGUGGCCGACGUCGGCCAGCUCGUCAAAAACGGAGGCCUCCAGCAGGGCCUCGAGAAGCUUCUGGGGCUGGAGAAACAGACGAGAAACGCCUCCGAUCUGUCGUCGACCUCGCGCUUGUUGCUGGAGGUUGUGCAGAUCGUGUUCGAGUCGAAGGACAUCGAUGGGCUGUGCCUGCACGUGCACCAGCUGGCUCGCAAGCACGGCCAGCUGCGCCAGGCGACGACGACGAUGGUCGAUCGAGUGAUGAGCUUCCUGGGCGAGCUCGACCAAGCGAACAAGAUCAAGUUGAUCGACAGUCUCCGGGAGGUCACCGAGGGCAAGAUCUAUCUCGAGGUCCAGCGCGCCCGGCUGACCAAGCAGCUGGCCCAGAUCCGCGAGGCCGAGGGCGCGCCGGGGACGGCCAACGAGCUGAUGCAGGAGCUCCAGGUGGAGACGUUUGGGUCGAUGGAGCGACGGGAGAAGAUGGACUUCAUCCUCGAGCAGAUGCGCCUGCUCCGGACCCAGGAGGACUGGGAGAAGCUGGCGAUCGUGAGCAAGAAGAUCAACAGCAAGUGGCUCGGGGAGGCGGAGAACGAGGAUCUCAAGCUGCGGUUCUACGGCCUGAUGAUCAGCUAUGGCUCCAAGAUGUCCCGGCACCUCGACCUGUGCAAGUACUACCGCUCGAUCCACGAGUGCAAGUCUGUGGAGGCCGAGCCGGCCCAGGCGCUGGCUGCGCUGCGCAACGCGGUGUACUUUGUGAUCCUGGCGCCGUACGACCACGAGCAGAGCGAUCUGCUCCACCGGCUGGCGCAGGAGGAGGAGGAGCUGAAGAAGAUCGAGGCGGUCUAUGACCUGGUGAAGUGUUUCACGACGCCCGAGUUGAUGCGUUGGCCGGGGAUCCAGGAGCUGUAUGGCCCGGUGCUGCGCAAGUCGAGGGUGUUUGGGCCGGCGGGCACUUCGGGGCUGGUGGGGGACAUCGCGGAGGAUGAUCCGCUGGCGGGGGACCGGCGCUGGGAAGAGCUGCACAAGCGAGUGGUUGAGCAUAACAUCCGGGCGGUGUCGCGCUACUACAGCCGGCUGACGCUCGAGCGGCUGUCUGAGCUCCUGGAUCUCUCGCCGGGGGAGUCGGAGCGGCGGCUGGCGCAGCUGGUGAGCAGCGGGACGGUGUGUGCGAAGAUCGACCGGCCGGCGGGGGUGGUGCGCUUUGGGGGUGGGUCUGCGUCUGCGGCGGGGCGUGAGGGGGAGCGGGUGCUGAAUGGGUGGAAUGGGGAUGUGGGCCGGCUGCUCGGCCUGGUGGAGAAGACGGUGCAUCUGAUCCAGAAGGAGUUUGCGCUGCAGGGCAUCAAUGUUGUACCCCACCCCCAGCCACCCAGCCACCCAAGAAUGCUCGACCCCUCCGCCAAGCUCAUCUUCCAGGCCUACGCCGUGCUCUUCCUCGACGGCCGGCUGGAGUGCUACCCGGGCGACCCCUUCUCGGUCGGCUCGGCCCACGAGGCAGCCAAACCCACCCACAUCCUCCAGCUCAACCCCCACCACCGCUGGGUCCUCCAGGCCACCCAGAACAGCCCCGCCAGCUUCCCAUUCACCAUCGCCCGCCAGCCACUCACCCUCCUCGGCCUCGACGUCGAAGCCAUGGGCACCACCAACCGCACCUCCCUCACCAACAACACCCCCAGCGACAGCCUCAAGGCGCUCAAGGACCGCAAGUCCCUCAAGCAGAUCUUCGGAUUCAGACCCAGGCGCAACCCCCACCCCGCCAGGCACACCCCCACCCUCAUCGACCUCCAAGACCCCUGCCCCGACCUCCCGCCCCUCCACGACCACCCCCACCACGCCCCGGGCUCCGCCAGGUCCUCCCAGCUCAACUCCCCCGCCUCAUCCUCCACCUCCCCCCACCCCACCACCAUCCACCCCGCCCAGAACACACUCACCUUCGCCGCCAGCUCCGAGAGCGCCCGCAAGCAGUGGAUCACCCAGCACCAACAGACACCCAUCCGAUCCACCCUCUCCAACUCCUCCUUCCCCAACAGCAACAGCAACGCCCACCACACCAGCCGGAUCCCCCUCGCCCCCAUCCAGCAGCCCCGCUCCAGCUCCUCCGCCUCCAUCGCCACCUCCCACAACUUCUCCGCCGACCUGCUCAGCCCCACCCACUCCCCCCACGCCGGCCUCCUCAGCCACAAGCCCAGCAGCCCCUCCCCGCCCAGCCCGCACAGCCACCCCCUCAGCGUCUCCGCAAGCUCGCACACCGAGAUGGCCGUCGCCGUGCCCGCCUGGAUCAAGGCCGUCCGCAACGCCGACGAGCGCAAGCCCGGCCCCGACCCCGACCUCCUCUCCGAGAAGGCCGGCUCCUCCGCCAGUCGCGAGGGCUCCCUCGACCAGCAGCCCGGCUCGGCCCGCAUGGCCCACUCCUUCUCCGCCCCCGCCCCGCUCGCCGGGCCCGACCGGCCCGCCGCCGCCGCCGCCAAGCCCGCGCCGGCGCCCUCGAUCAAGUCCUUCGGCAGCGCCGUCGUCCAGAACCUCAAGCGGGCCGGCUCGCUCAGCGAAUGGCCGGACUACGCCAGCCCGGCCCACUCGAUCCUCCAGCGCAUGCGCGAGCCCGACCCGCUCAGCGACAGUCCCCGGCCGGCCUCGCCGGACCCCAGCGACGGCGCGGCGCCCCACCAGAAACGGCUCUGGCUGCUCUCGGCGGUCAAGAAGAAGAGCAGUCUGGACACCAAGCUGCCCGCGCCCAGCCCGCUGAACCCGGCGCUCCCCGCCGGCCCCGCUGCUGCUGCUGCUGGCGGUUGGUCGCCGGGCUGCUCCGCCGCCCUCCCGCCCCGCUCGUCCUCCCGCACCGCCCGCGACUCGCUACACCAAGUGCUCUCGCAGGCCACGGAGGACUCGGAGCCGGGCGACCAGGCCCCCGUCGCAGACCCCUCCCCGCUGCCCCAACUGCCCCAGCCCUCGUCGACCCAGAGCACCUACUUCCAGCACCCUGCAGGCCCCGCCAAGAGGCCCCAGACCGCGACAUCCAAGAAGGCCUUCGCCCUCGCGCCGGCAGACGUCGGCCUGAGCAUCCGCGCCCACCGGCCUCCUGGCCCCUCCCGCAGAGACCUCGUCCGCGCCGGGCUCUCCGGCGACGCCCUGCUCGCCCCCGUCCCCCGCCCCAAGACCGCCACCGCGUCUACCGAUCUCCGCCCGACGCUCACGUCCUCGGCCGGGCCCACCACCAGCCGCGCCCUCGCCUCGGGCCUCGAAGGCGAGUUCGGCGCCGUCGGCAACGCCCCGUCUGCCCCGUAUCAGUGCCCAGUAUCAGUGCCCUAG